CGGAUCAGCGGAAUUUUAUUUUAUUUUGUCUUCUAGAGUUUUGAGACAGAAAAGCUCUGAACUGAAGCUGAGAGAAUUGUAAUGGUGUGGUGGAUUCCGUAAGGAGCUCCUGUACAGUAAAUGGAAAACUCAGACUCUGACGAACCAGAGAAGAAGAGGCGUCAUUUGAACUCCGUUUCCCCCACCAUGGCCCGUAGCUCCUCCACCUCUCCGCCUAAGAACCACAGCGUCGAUGCAGCAGCUCUCCAGCUCCAGAACCAGCAACUUAAUCAGCAGGUACACAAACAGAAGCUUGACUUGCAAGAUCUUGAAGCGAAAAUUCAGGAAUUAAAGGAUAAGCAAGGUUCUUAUGAUGAUUUCUUAAUCACAAUGAAUCAGCUAUGGAAUCAGUUGGUUGAUGAUCUAAUUCUUCUUGGACUAUGUGCUGGAGGAGCCCAAAAUGCUUUAGAAAUUUUAGAUGGUGCUGAUUAUUCUUGUGGUUCAAUUCCAUCAUGUUCUGCGGAAGAGAUGUUUCUUUUUAGACUCCUACAACAAGAUUCUCUAGAAGCUAAUGUCAAUGAUGAAAUUGUUAAAUAUGUUGAAGAAACUCUCGCUUUGCGGCAUACAUCUACUAUGGACUUGUUAGAACUCUUAGAACAUGCCAUUUAUGCUCAUAGGGAAAAAACAAUGAACAUAUCUCACACUUUGGAUGGAAAGAUAUCUUCAGAAGAUGCUAUCAUCCGGUUUUCCAAAAUUGAUGAUAUGAUGGAAGGGGAGGUUAAAAAACUACGCGAAGGGAUUGAUUUUCUUCAUCUGAAGCAUAAAGAGUAUACUGACGUAAUUCGGACUUACAUCAGCAGCCAUUCAAGAUAUCAGUCUGAAAUUAGGCGCAUCACAGGUGAGCUGGAUGACAAAAUGGCUGACCUAGAGUUGAAGAGAAGGAAACUAAUUAAUCUGAAAAUGCAAAAGGAUGUUGGACCUGGGGUGCAGAACCGUACUUCUAGUGCACUUAAUGGAACCCUGUCCCCUGAAAAAUCAACAGAAAGGACAAUCAGCUUGCAAGAACUUAGAAAUUCAAUUGAGGAAACAAGGAUACUAGAAGCCGACCGCCUUUCUGAGUAUCAAGACGCACAUGAAGAAAAUUUAGUGCUGUCAAAACAAUUGCAAGAAUUUCAGAUUUCUAAUUUUAAAUUCAAGUUUUGAUAGUUGUUAUUAAUAUUUUCAAAGAUUUCAUU